AUGCUUUCUAGGUCGUUGUUGAGGUCUAGAGCUGUGGGAGCUUUCCCCCUCUCUGCGAGAAGCAAUGGCCGCUUCUUCUCCGCCUCUGCCCUCCGCGCCGAUGACAAGAUCAACAAGGUCUCCGCCAACAUCACCCAGCCCAAGGCCCAGGGCGCAUCCCAGGCUAUGCUCUACGCCACUGGUCUCUCAGAGGAUGACAUGAACAAGGCUCAGGUUGGUAUCUCGUCCGUUUGGUACGAGGGCAACCCUUGUAACAUGCACCUCAUGGACCUCUCCGCCAUCGUCAAGGAGUCCGUCGCCAAGGCUGGUCUUAUUCCCUACCGAUUCAACACCAUUGGUGUCUCUGAUGGUAUUUCCAUGGGUACAACUGGUAUGCGAUACUCGCUCCAGAGCCGAGAGAUUAUCGCCGAUAGUAUUGAGACUGUCAUGAAUGGUCAGUGGUAUGACGGAAACAUCAGCUUGCCUGGCUGCGACAAGAACAUGCCCGGUGUCGCCAUUGCAAUGGGCCGUGUCAACCGUCCCAGUAUCAUGGUCUACGGUGGUACCAUUCGUCCCGGCUGCACCAAGCAGGGCGAGUCCAUCGAUAUCGUUUCCGCUUUCCAGGCCUACGGCCAAUACAUCACCGGCGAGAUCACCGAGGAGCAGCGAUUCGACAUUAUCCGAAACGCCUGCCCUGGUGGUGGUGCCUGUGGUGGCAUGUACACUGCCAACACCAUGGCCACCGCCCUUGAGACUCUUGGUCUCACUCUUCCCGGUAGCAGCAGCAGCCCUGCUGAGGAUCCUAGCAAGAAGUCUGAGUGCGAGAGCGUUGGACCUGCUAUUCGCAACAUUCUCAAGGAGGACAUUCGACCUCGCGACAUCAUGACCCGCCAGGCCUUCGAGAACGCCAUGAUCGUCACAACCAUCCUCGGUGGCAGCACCAACGCCGUCCUGCACCUUAUCGCCAUUGCCGACUCUGUCGGUAUCAAGCUCGACAUUGAGGACUUCCAGAAGGUUUCCGACCGCACUCCCUUCCUUGCCGACCUGAAGCCCUCUGGAAAGUGGGUCAUGGCCGAUAUGCACAAGAUUGGCGGUACUCCCGCUCUUCUCAAGUUCCUGCUCAAGGAGGGUAUCAUUGAUGGUUCUGGUAUCACCGUCACUGGUAAGACCAUGAAGCAGAACGUUGAGAACAUGCCCGGCUUCCCCGAAGACCAGACCAUCAUCCGACCCCUGAGCAACCCCAUCAAGCCCACCGGUCACAUCCAGAUCCUCCGUGGUUCUCUCGCCCCUGGCGGCUGUGUCGGUAAGAUCACUGGUAAGGAGGGUCUCCGAUUCGAGGGCAAGGCUCGCGUCUACGACUCUGAGCCCGAUUUCAUUGCCAGCCUCGAGGCUGGUGAGAUCAAGAAGGGGGAGAAGACCGUCGUCAUCAUCCGAUAUGACGGUCCCAAGGGUGGUCCCGGUAUGCCUGAGAUGUUGAAGCCUUCCUCUGCCAUCAUGGGCGCUGGUCUCGGAAAGGACGUUGCUCUUCUCACUGACGGUCGCUUCUCUGGCGGUUCUCACGGUUUCAUCAUUGGUCACAUCGUCCCUGAGGCUAUGGAGGGUGGUCCCAUCGCUCUCGUUGAGGACGGUGAUACCAUCGUCAUCGACGCCGAGACCCGUGCUAUCGAUCUUGUCGUCCCUGAGGAGGAGGUUGCCCGACGUCGCAAGGCCUGGAAGGCUCCCGCCCCUCGAUACACCAAGGGUACACUGAGCAAGUACGCUCAGCUUGUGAGGAACGCCAGUGAGGGUUGUGUCACCGACAGUGGUCUCAAGAACUAA